GGUGACAAGGUGCGCCAGGAGCUGCUGGCCUUGGUGAAGGACCUGCCGUCGCAGCUCUCGGAGAUUGGGGCGGGAGCCAGUGUGCUCUCCGAGGCCAUUGAGCUGUACCAGGCCUGCGUGGAGUUCGUGUGCGAGAGGUGGCCCCUGCGGGUGGAGCGGCCGGAGGCGGAGGAGGUGCCGGAGCAGCCAAAAGAGGACGCGAUUGACUGGGGAGACUUCACACUGGAGCCAACCAGGGCAGAUGAUGGUGGGAGCAGCCAAAAGAGGACGCGGUACGUCCUGAUUGACUGGGGAGACUUCACACUGGAGCCAACCAGGGCAGAUGAUGGUGCCUCUGCUGACGGGGGGGCCCAGGGUGAGGAGAUCGACUGGGGGAUCACGCUAGAGCCCAGUCCCCAGGAUGAUGGCAUUGACUGGGGAGAUGGUGAAAGCGAGGAGGUACAGAUCACGGUGCUGGAGGCUGGCACAGAGGUGCCCGAGGGCGUUGCCUGUGGCUCUGAUGCCCUGACACUCCUGGAAAACACCGAGACCCGGAGCCAGUUCAUCGAUGAGCUCAUGGAGCUGCCCCCCGCCGUGCUGCAGGGCCAGACCAGUGCCCACGUGGGCUCCCUCCUGGCCACCACCCGGGCUUUGCUGGGCCAGCUCUGCACCCGCAGCAUGCAGCACAUCUUCAUGAUCCUCGCCUCCCCCAG